CUUUAUUUUUAGCAAUCGCUGGACACAAGAUAUGAUACGAGUACAAACAGUCUGGACUUGAGUGAUUUUUAUCACGACAAAGGUAACAAUAUUUUUCAAUAGAAUAUAGAGAGAAUUGAAAAACACAUCAAUGGGUUGUCUGUGUUUUUGUCUGUGUUUUUCACCAUCACGUGUCUGUUGUAUUUUCGUCCAAACAAUCAUGAAUAAUUAAUAUGUUUUGCACCGACUUGACCUCGUAGCCUUGACUAGCAACUGUGGACUAGCCAACCAAAGGUCGUGGGUUCAAUUCCCACCUCGGUCAAGCAAACUUUUCAGCUGGCCCUGUGUGGACACACUCAGAGACGCCAUCACAAAAAUAUAUCUUCACCUGAGUACAUAACAGCAGAAACAAAAAAUGUCUUAUUUGCAUACUAAAUGGUUAUUUUUAUUUGUCUAGUUCUAAACGAAAACCAAAUACAGGGAGUUUUGAAUAAACCAUGGUUACUAGCGAUGAUUGUGAAGCUCAUUAAAGAAUGCUGUCCACAGGUAAAAGGCGAACGCCAAAUUUUUAUGCUUUAACCUACAAACGAUUAUUUCAAAUUUCUCAAAACGUCGGCAAAUAAGUUAAUAUUAAAGCAACGUAUAUUUACCCUUUGAGCGAUGCUAUUUGUGUCCUGAUUAUGUGAAGAAGCCUACAUCAGCCUGAUCUCCAUUCCAUAUCUUAGGUUUCGCUGUAUUUGAACGUUUUGAGAAACUAUCUUUUAGCCUAUAGUAAGUGGCAGAUUUACUGCGGAUUCAGGUAAACCGUUAAAUGCGAAUAGUUGUCGUGUUGGUUCUAAGCAGACUUUCAGAUGUAUAUUAUUAUUUCUGAGAUCAUAUGCUGUUUGCAUACCACUUCUCGAAAUAAACAUUUGUUUCAAAUUGGAAGCAGUGUAGUUACUAAGGAUUUUAUAAAGAAAUAUAUCGAUUUGUGCUGCAUGGCCACGUCUUACAUUGAGAGGUUUCCAAUUAAGAGAGUAAAUCAAGAACCGCGAGCCAAGUCGUCACACCAGAAUUUCCAGGGCUACUUCGAUUAAUGGAUUGAUCGACUAACCGAUUACCGAUGACGUAUGAAUAAUCAAUAAACAACCCUGCACAGCAUGUUAGAUUCAUCAGCAUUUCCUUUUAGAUAUUUUUUAUCCUGAUUUAAGUUUUUCAGAUAUUUAUAUUUGCGCUAUAUAUGUUGAGUCAUUUGGUCUACAUAGCUUUUAAAAUUUAUUUUCAUGGACCGUUUUAUCACUUUGAAAACUGAAAAAUCGCGUUGGGUUGCCAAUAUCAGUAUCAGUAUCAUUUAGAAGUGUCAAACGUAAACUAAAUUCGUCAUUGUCUUGUCAGUUAUCUACUUGUGUGAACUCGGCGUGCGCGAGAAAUUGGUCAAUCUAUAACCUUGAGUAAACAAUAAUUCAAAACGUAUAAAUACUGACCGAAUUGUUGCGUGGCAACGGUCGAGGCACAUGCAGAGGCAUAUCUAGCCUCAUCUGCAAGGAGAGGUGUAGGUUUUCCAUGGGGUGGUGCAUUACUGCCCACUCUCCUCUGCAGUCUGCGACGCUACUGUCCCAACAUUACACUAUUUGAGAUGGCCAAAUCUACAUGUUCGCCGUUCAGUUACGUUUUACAUUAUCUUUCUUUAUGAAGUUUAUAUCGGCUUUUAUCACGUAUGCGUGACUGGACAGUUGCUGUAGUACAGCACAGUACAAUAAAUUUACUUGUUAAAGUACAGUAUAUUUGGAAAUAUGGCUGUAUAACUAAAGCAUUAUUUAACUAAAGCAUUCUGAGUAUUUUCUCGUCAGCUCACAAAUCAAAUCAAAUCAAUUAAAUCGUUUGAAGAAAUCUACACACGCGCUAACGGUAGAAGUUCCGCUAAUCGCCAAAAAAAUGUGUGGUCAAGCAGAUUUUAGUGUGGUGCUGGACUUCUCUAGGGGAAACUUUAGACACCACUAGGUGGGGUGCUCACCCCCUGCACCCCACGGUAGGUCCGCCUUUGGGCACAUGUCAAAUUUAAAUGAAUUAAUACAUGAAAAUGAAUAUGAUAUCAAUACAUGAUUAUGAAAAUGAACCGAUGAGCUAGAGCAGCUCCAACCGUUUGUACAUAAAAAUUCAAACUAGGGAAGUCUGCUUCACUUCACUGCCUUAAUCUGAUCAUUUUAUACUUAUUUGUAUACUUAUCCCUUUAAUUACCUUACUAGCUUCAAAAUCUUGAUCUUCGAAAGAACAGAAUCUCAACUCUAGAUGCUUUAAAAGAUCUACACGAAGCCGCUCCUAGUAUGUCCACUUUACAUCUUGGAGAAAACAAUGUAAGUCUGCUUAUUCUUAAGCCGUCGUGUAUUUGAAAACCAAAGUAAAGAUUAAUUUUCCAGAGCAGGGGAGUGUCUUUUUUAGCAGCAUUAAAAAUACCUUGCGCGCGAAAUUUAAUAAUUUAAAACCCAUUUUGAGUGCAUUGGCGAGAAAUUUAUUAUGUGUUUUAUCAAUGGUCCAAAUAUCAGAAAAUUUACUGAAUUUUAAAUCCUUUAAAUACAUGUAGCUACUGAAAGUUUCAUUUUUUGGCACCAAUGCCUUUCACGCAUAUAAUUUUUGCAUUUACCUAAUUUGCAUGUUGUUAUUGUUAUUGUAAAAAAAGUAAAUUAACAAUAUUUAUUAUAUGCCAAGCAUCACUUCCGGUGAAAUGGCAGACUGUGAUUGGCUGAGAAGCACUUUUAGCGGUCCAUUAUUUUCCCGUUACGUAAAAACAAACGCAUGCAUUUUAAAACAAAACAGCAAAACUAAUAGAAAAUUUGAAAAUUAUAAUUUAGUUUGUUAUUAAUAAGAUAUCUCGGAAUGGUUUUAAGUGGAAAGAAAGGAAUAUAUUGCUAUUUUUUGUUUUCUUCGAUCAAAUGUGUACCACGCUACUAAUAUGCAUUUCGAAUCAUGCAUUUCUUGUUUGUUUCAAGUAUAAAUGCUUAUAUAAGAGGCCCACCAAGGGGUUAUGACCGACAGGCGACAUUCCUUAAAAAGAGGCGCCAGACGAUCUAAAAAAGAGCGACAAACGAGCUUCUGGUCUGGGAAAAAGCGACAAAUUGCGAUUUGUGUUAUGAGUCAAAAGCGACAGCGACAUUUAUUACAAUAAAACAAACGACAAAGCAGCUACAAAAUUAGUGACAAGCGACCUAGGUUACACCCUUGGUGGGCCUGAUAUAAACGCCAUAUAAUAAACUUUUUAUUAACCUCGCUUUGCUUGGACUUUACAGAGAAAUAUCGGACCUCGGUCUUUUUGUACAAAACCUCGCCCUACGGGCUCGGUCUGUACAAAAAAGACCUUAGGUCCGAUAUUUCUCUGUAAAGACCUCGCGCUCAGUUAAUAAGAAGUUAGUAAAUUAGCUAAAUGCACGGAUUAAGCUCAGUUGGUUAGAGCGGUGCACCAGAAUCGCAGGGCUGCAGGUUCGACUCCUGUCAGAGGGCGAAUAGUUGCAUAUUUCGCCAAUGCUCCUGGUUAGGUGUAAUAAAUGUAUAAAAUUUCCAUCUACAAAAAACACCUUCAACUGUGAGUUCUAUCGAGCGCGAUGCCUAAAAAUCUCGACAUUUUAGUCACACCUUGUACUGGCAUCACCCGACCAAGCUAAGUGAUGACGACUCCACAAGAGCUGGGUGACUCUUAAGUAUAUGCUGAAAUAUACUUUAAUCAUUCGUUUUUUUAGCUGCGACAUAUAAAUGAAUUGAAGAAGAUAAAAAACUUGAAAGAACUAAAGUCAUUAGUUGUUGAUGGCAAUCCUCUUUGCGACAAUUACAGCAACAGUCAAACUGGAUAUGUCAGGUACUGCAUGUGUAUGUAAUACGGUGGAUUGGAUAUUAGGUGUUCAACAGUGCUGUAAAAGUUAAGAGUUACUUAUUUUCUUGAAUUACAAUGAGUGACAUUGAAAGGUGGGACACUUAGAUUUGAAAGUCAUUUUGUAAACAAUUGCAAAAAUGACAUUUAACCCUCCCAUUUCAAUGUUGCUGUGUGUUCUGGGAGAGUUAUCAGGAACGUGCGAUACAACACAAAACUAUACUUCAAAUAAAAUGCCAAUUUUAGUCUAACAACAUUUAACAGAGGGGAGGGGGAUUAUGUUAUAUACAAUCUCCGCGCCUAACCGGUCCACGUAUUUUGUCACUGAUUGUAGAUACAGUUAUACAGUUAUUUGCUCGAAAAAUGAAAUAGUUUACCAGUGAAAGUUACACAUAUCUUAAUGUAACUAACUAUAACCGUUACAAAGUUACCUCACGAUGCUAGGCAAAAAAGUAAAUCGGUAUUAGUGCAUCAUAGCUAGAGAAUGUUAAUACCGUAGCUGCACCUAGCUGCUGCAUACCCUAUGUGCUGCUGAAUGUUUCACUCACCAACGGACGGAGUUCCGGAGGCGUCUCCCCGUGAAAAUUUACACCUCGUGAAAUGGCAUUUCCAGACAUUUGGGAAAAUAGUUUUGGAUAUUUGUCAUAUUAUCCAAAUACUCAAUGACGAGUAUUCGUAUAAAAUGUAUGUUAUAUAAAACCUUUCCGUUGCCUAUUCUGUGGUAGCGAGGAAAUAUUUAGAGUUACAAUUUCAAUAAAUAACCGGCGAUUAUAUAUCUAGGCUAUAUAGACGGCGAAAGUCGCCGGGUGCCGGAUUCUUCUUGGGAACCCUGGUUUAUUUAGAACCAAACGCUAACAUGGAAAUGAUAUUUUGUUUUGCAGCGAGAUCAGAAGUGUAUUCCCGAAACUGGUGUCACUGGUGAGUUACUAUUCUCUCUCCUGCUUUGACUUUUCUCAGUUGUACGUUUUAAGGUUGCUAACUGUGUAUCAAAAUAAAACUAAAACAAAGUUAUUUUGAGACGAACACCAGAAGGAUUUUAGGUUUUGAACAUUUUUCAUCGCAAAUUCGCUGGCGUUGAAAAAAUUGCAUCUUAAAUACAAUUAUCACUGAUGCUGUAAAAUUGAAGCCAUAUUUAUACAGCAACCACAUUCCAGUCACGUGUGUUGUCUUGUAGCUUGUUAUGUAUAUUGUUUAUCAGUGUCAUUGUAAAUAUUUGUGACAAAUUUAAUAAUAUAAUAUAAAAAACCUAGAUUUUGGAACUCGGGUAUUUUUGGAUCUGCAUGCUUUUCAAUCUCAGAGACACAAGUUCACAUGUCCAUUACGACAGUUCAAAGAGGUGGAAAAUGUUUUAUCGUUCAAAGUUUCCAGAAAAAUUGACCCGUCAAUCAUUUUGGAUCCACUUUCACUCGGCGUUAAACAAUUUUUCCUAGAUAAGGUCUAGGUUAGAUAAAGUCAGAUAGAUAAUUCUAAACUAAUUGACUGCAGACAUUUUAAAAUAUCUAUAGUAUUAUAGCACCAAAUGUUUCAUGUUCAAACUUCUGAUAUUUUAAAAGCAGGCAACUUUUAUCCUAUUUUAGGGAAGUUUUAUUCCAGAUGAACUAACAAAGAAAUUGGUAUUGCCGUUCGUAAAACAGUAUGUAGAAAUUUAUUUUUGUAAUUUGUUCGAGAUUAUACCGUCCCAUAGAUGCGUGAUAAUUGAAAGGUAUUGUCAUUCCAAUUUGGGCAUGUCUGUUAUAUACGAUUUGUUGCCAAAAGCUCGUGGUUUUGCUAUGUGCUAGUAAGUAUUUGUAGGAGUGGAGGAGAAGACCUAGCAAGAGCCUUUUUACUUGCAACCAUGCAUAUAUAAUUCCUCUGAAUACAUCUAAUGUUGUCGUCAAUUGCAUUCGAAGUUUUGAAAUUAACAAUUAAGGCAAACAUAAGGCAGAAUAUACCAACAGUCUACCAUAAAAUACGGAUCGCGAUAAAGUUACCAUCGUUAAUAAUUAAUUUUGGAGGAUUUUGCAUGCAAUGCAUGUAACCAGGAAUAUUCAAAUAGUUGUUGUGAAUGGGUUAACCACGAUAUUUUAAGAGUCAUUUUAGAGUGUAGUAUCAUUCAAUUCCCAUGCAGUUAAAAGUAACAUUAAAGUCCCAAUAAAAAGAUUUGAUUUUGACAUAAUAUUCUAUCGAUUUGCCACCCAAAAACGGCCAAGAAGGGCUGGUCACGUGGCAAGAGAAAGAGCAAUCUUAUUGCUUUGCACGUGAACCACUCCCCUUUCAUCUAUAUUUAUCCCCUUUUCACGAACAGGUUACCAUCUUUACCCUGCUUUAUACCACGACUAUAGAAGCCUCUGAACUGUGUUUUUGUAUUAAUAAAAUAAUCCAUACUGCUAAUCAACAUUACCUAUACUGGUUAACGCGAGCCUUAAGAGCACGAUUUAGCUGGAAAUUGAGCUUGAAAAAACCGCGUGGUUCGGCAUCGGCCUCUAAAAACGUGACAAGAAUCAACCUUAUGUGAUAAUAUAGUAUCUAGAAUAAGCCUUAUGUGAAAUUAUAAUAAAAAUCAUUGGGCAAGUAACUUGUAUUCUCUAAUAUCAGAUGGUUUUACGAAUCAAUUGGGUUAUACCGUCUCAGAAAAAGGGACACAUUUUCAAAAGAGCACCAAAUUUACCCAGCCGCUUUAUCUCAACAUAACAGAUGUCUGAAAUAUUCUGUAACUGACCAAAAUAUUAUUAAUCUUCCAUUUGCUCAUGAAGAAAUACAAAGAGACAUGGUAUGAGUCAAAGACACAUAGUUCUUGGAUUCACCAUAGAAUGAUCGGAAGCAGUUAAAUUUUAUUUAGUUUAGACUGUGCAUCUGACGUUUUCUUUUUUGCAAUGGCAUUCUCAUACACCAUCAUUCAUUCAAUAAUGUAGUUUUUCAUAAGCCAAUGUGUUCAUUUACGUUAGUAGUUUUUUGUCACGCUUUAUUAUUGCUUUGUUUGCCUGUUUAUUUUCUGUUCGUGUGUUUGCUUGUUCGCCUCUGUGUAUGUCUGUUAACAUGGUAGAGUCAAAAUUCGUAUGCUGAGUGUUCUGUGGUUUUCUUUCUUGAUUCUACAUGUUGCUGUCACCAAGACUCGUUUUACUUGUGGCCAUAUUGUGGAAAUAUUCCACACAGCCACAACACUGCCAGGCUAGGGUUCCCAUCAUUUGGGACCCUAUAUACAGCCUAGGCACUAACGAGUACCAUGAUUUUCGGCAGGCGUUUUAUCAUUACGUUUUCAUUAUCAUCUCACAUUUGUGUUCUUAUCACGUCAUUGCUAUCAAGUCCUCAUUCAGUUUUGAUUUUCACAGAUUGUCUGCUCAUUUCGCUUCUAUUAAUGGUAUUCUUUAUCGUCAAACCACGUUAACGUCAGUUUCACCGCUAAUUGAAACCUUUAACUGCUUGUAGGCGUUUCAAAAAUACCAAAUUAACUUAACUACUUUAAGUUAAACUACUGAAGUUGAGACAAAAUUGUGAGCAUUAUAGAGCUUUGUAGAGGAAUAAUCUCUGUGUAAAUCUGAAUGUUUAUAUAUUGGUCCAGUUACAGCUGUUAUAUUGAAUUGCUACUGAAGUACUCUGGUAUAUCUAACAGGUUUCACUCAGAAUGUCAGCAUGAAUUGUGGGUAGGUUAGGCGAGAAACAACUGAACUAUUCACAUUGACUGGUAAAAUCAUCUGAAUAGACAAUACUUUAGUUCCUGUGAUUGGUUCCCUAGUGCUGGAAAGCUUGUUAAUUGUGUUUGGAGUGGCCGGGGAUUCAUUUUCCGGCAGAAUCCGAACAAGGAUUUAAUUGUACGUUCAUUGGUCAAUUUCACUUUCGAGUUACUUUUAUUGCGCGAACUGACGUUUGGUGGUCAGUAUUGUUCCUGGAAAACGAGAAAAAAUAUGCAAAAAAUCACAUGGUAUAUGAAAAAGGGACAACAAGUAUGGAAUUGUUAUAUAUUUAUAGCUAUAGUGCUUAAACUACAUGUGGGCAACAAGUGAAAAAUUGUUGUCCGCUCCGACCGUUUACGUACAUAAAUAAACAAAAUGGAAUCAUAAAAGUUCAAAGUCGAAAGAAAGUUUUCCCAGUUUUCAAAAAGAAUACAGUAUCUAUCGGAACGCAACAGGAAAUGCUGCUGAAACACCAGCUUUUAUAGACGUUCUUUUAUUGUUAAAAUUAUUUAUAUUAUAAGGAGGUAUUUAUACAUAUACAUAUACAUUGUUUUGUGAAUGUUGCUUGUUUCAUUUAUCGCAAUAUAUCAAAACCGUUCAUGUUUCUUCCCUCGGGAAAUAGUUAGUUUUGUUUUCCUUCGAAUCUCAAUGUUUCCCUCAACUACGUUCCGGAAAACAUUCAAACUCUCGAGAAAACAAAACUGUUUCUUCCGGGAGUGGACAUUAAGUGCUAUUUAAACAGUCUCUAUAAAAGAGGUACGUAGUGCUUAGUCUUGCAGAAAACUGGUUUACGUUUUUAAUCGACAAGUGUACGAUAAACUGGUAUACAGUAAAACCCCGCUUAUAAGAACCUAGAAUUUAAGAACCUGUUAUAGGCUAGAAUUUUAAAACAGAUUCUUAUAUUAUCAAAUAGAGUCAAAAUUAAUUAAGUCAUAAGUUACAAUCAGUGUACUGUAGCUUUAAAGUGCAUGCAUGUAGAGUUGGUAUACUGUAGUGCAUACACUGCGUGUUAUUCAGUUUUUGAUCAUUUGUGCAUAAUUUACGUAAAUAAUAUACCAUACCUCCCCUAAGUGAGCCGCUUUUCUCUUAAGAAAAUAAGAACCUAUUUAAGAACCGGUCUAGCCUAAUAUCCUGGUAAGCACCAUUUACGUAAGAACCUGUUUAGGCUAACUUGGAAAAUCUAGGUUCUUAUAUGCGGGGGUUUACUGUAUACGUGUUCUGUGCUUGUAUUUGUUUGUGUUAAACCCUGUAGGUAUUUAGCGGUCUAUGACUCGGAUAACAGACAGAAAUUACUCGAUGCUUACGACGAUGAAGUAAGUUUUUAUGUAAAGUAUAAUGAAACUUUAAAAUGAACACAUGUAUGAUGAUAUACAUCAUAAGACUCAGACUCAUCACAUGCAGAAUCUACCUUCUCAACUCUCAUCGUCAUGUGGUGCUUAAUUCUCAUGUAACGACAAUGUCACAAGACUAAAGGCGGAUUUCCAGUCCUCGCACGAAGCUCCUCCCAGCUCGCUGCGAGUGAUGCAUGAGCACUUUCAUCCAAUCACAAUGCUAAACAGUUUAUUUUAAUUAGAUGCAAGCACUCGCAGCGAGCUGCGAGGAGCUUCGUGCGAGGACUGGAAAACCGUCUUAAGACAAUGACUAGUUCUUCCGAGAUUUUAGAAGAGGUUUUUCAUUUGCUGAAUUGCUCGUAUUCUCAUAUAGGCAGUCUUCUCGAUGUGUGUGGUGGAUUUCAAAAAUCGUGGAAAUACGUAUGUAUAUAUCAAAUAAAAAAGUUGAUGAAACGAAAUCUUUUGAAUAUAGAGGUGCGCCGUAACUCCUGCUGGAAAUCUAAUUUUUGUAGGGUUCUUCAUGGUUCUGGCCGGAACUGAUGAAAAAAGUAUGCCUUGCCCAAAUACUUUGUUUCUUCGUAAUACUUCUGUUUCUGGUCCCAGCGUUGAGACAACGUUAUCAGUUUUUUAUUUUUGAUAGGCCUACGUCUCUCUAGCGGCAAACUUAAAAAGUUCUUUAUCUGUAAAAUUAUGCCUAAAAUGAGGAGAUUUUAGAUGGUACACCAAAGAGAAAAUGAUGUCUGAAGUUCACAAAUUUUUGCUAAUAUUGCUAUAUAAAUAUGGCGUCAAUUUUACAGCAUCGAUGAUAAUUGUGUUUAAUAUUAACAAUAUUUACUUCUUAUUUUGUGUUUCUCAACCGCCAGAUACAUUUUAAAAGGUUGCUAACUGUGUAAACUACAAAAUAGAGCUAAAACGAAGUAAUUUUGAGAGGGAAGGCCAGGAGAUUUUAGGUUUUAAACACUUUUCAUUGCAAAUAUAUAUACCCCGUUGUAGAAAACAAAUUGCAUUGCCUCUGCAGUCCCUGUGAUGAUGAAUUACUGGAAUUACCGCCUGAAUGUAAGUGAUGACAACUAACUCUGAGGGAUUGGCAUAAAGCCACACAAAUUCCGUUUCAAUUAAAGUUUACAUCGAUGUGCAACAACAUAUGUACCGCGGAAAUCUGAGAUAUCUAGCUUAUUUAUAAACAUUAUUAUAAUAUAGCAUUUGUAAAUUCUGAACGCUGAUUGGCGAAGAGCCGUGUUGAUAUAACUCAAUGUCAACACGGAAAUGUCGGAAAGUUUCUUUCUAAAUUUUCUUUGUGCUAUAUUAUAAAACAAAUAUAAAACUUUUUCCGUAUUGAUAUAUAUGUACUAUUUAAAGCACGCGUAGGAGUGUUUUAUCACAUAUAAAACACGACGCGUAGCGGAGUGUUUUAUAUGUGAUAAAACACGACUACAAGUGCUUUAAAUAGCUUCAAAAACGACUCAUCUUAUACGAGUUCAUUGGCGAAGUAAACUUUGUCUAAACCGAGAGAAUCAAAGCUAAAGUUUAUGUAAAUUAACGUGAUUUUCUAUCACAUAUUUCUAUCACGUGAUUUUCUAUCACGACACGCUUAUGAUUUUUCUUUGUGUUUUGCUCCUGAAUUAUUAAUGAGUUUUUGAAAGUUAUAUCAACACUCGUGGAAAUUGGGAAAACUCGAAAUUGUGUGGAAACACGACGCCCGAAGGGCGGAGUGUUUUCACACAAUUUCUUGUUUUCCCAAUUUCCGUUCUAAAAACGUCAAAAAUGCCAACGUGUUCACAAGCGCGGGAAAAAUGACUCUGCAUGUAGUUAAUUAAUUCUUGUCCACAUGAUUAUGCUACGGCAUAAUUAUAAUAAUUCCACGGUUAAAUCAACUCUGUUCUGGUUCCAGCCGUAUUUUUUCCAUACCAGAUUCCGGCCGGAACUAAUAAAAUAUUGGUUUCGGUGCACCUCUACUUUUGAAGCAGAAUUUAACUAGAAUUUAAGACAUACCCUCUUUAUGUUUCGUUUUGUAGGUCCAAUCUUAUUUCGGUGUAUCGCAAGCAUAGUAGAAAUAUGAAAUUUCUUCACGACACAGGUUCGUGAUUUCUUUUGAUAAUAUUUUUUUGCACAGAGAAUGCGUCAUACUCGAUAUGAGCGAACUUUAACACAGCUUGAUGUAUUAGUUAUACGGGGACAUGAGAAGAACCAGCCUUAAAUUAGCCGUUCCGAAGUUGAUGAGUGGACUGGGGACGAAUGUUAAAAAGUGCCCAAAUUAAAAAAUGGACCAAAAUCACUAAAAAGACCUCAAAAUUAGUAAGUAUACAAAUUUUGAAGACGUUUACAUGAAUAUCCUUCGAAUAAUAGGUUUUCGAAAAUUGCGAUAUUUACCAUGAAAUGUAUUGUAAUUUUUGUUUUGGGGACGCGCGUCCCCAAAACAAUCUUUUAAUCAGUAAUUUCACAAUUUUCGAAAGCUUAUUAUUCGAAGGGUAUUCAUGUAAACGUCUUCAAACUUUGUGUACUUACUAAUUUUGAGGUGGUCUUUUUAGCUAUUUGGUUCAUUUCUUAAGUUGGGCAGUUUUUAACACUUGUCCUUAGUUCUCUCAUCACCUUCGGAAUGGCUAAUUGUACACUUUCCGUUCCCUGUAUAAUGAACUAGGCUACCUUUAUUAGGAACCUAUAGACUACGUUCACACUGCACCUGAGCGAAAUAAUGCCGGCAGAAUUUACGUGUUAUUCGAAUUUAUUGUUCUGAGACCUGUGACGCGUGAUUUGCAAGCUGUACAAAAAAGAAACGGCGUUUGUGUUCAUACGAAGCCGCCAAGCACUCCGUUUUCAUCUCGUUCCGUUUAGAAACCGUGCACAAAUUUCAUCUCGCGCCGUUUUCAGGCCUCUACGACAUUAGCGUGAAUGUAGUCUUCACCAACGGAAAUGCGACGACGACUAUUACACGAAAACGCAUAAUAUUGUAGAAAAGAAAGUUAGAGCUGUUAAAAUCCCGCAGAAGUUAAAAUCAAUCAUCCUCGCUCUGUUUACAACGGGAUAUUAUACUAGCACUUGUUAAUUGUGUUCGGCGUCACUAUAUACGCUUGCCUUCCAUGCUGGGAGACUCUGGUUCAAUUCUUGCCUGGUGGGUCGUCGCUCAAGGUCUUACAAUAACUUAGGAGAAAGGAGGGGGGGGGGACUUAUUACUAUUAAAGAGGAGGCGUAUUUGAGAAGGUGGAUUAUUGACAGUGGAUUCUUACGUUAACAGAUCGGAAGUUAGAGUUACUCAAGUCAUCUCGUAUCUCUGUGGUUGCUUUUCUCAACGAUCUACCUUCCACAAAACAUGACCUAGAAAGUUUAACGGUCGACGUCAACUUCGUGCAAGUGAGUUUUAUUUUUCUUUCAAAAGCUUCACUCUUUAUAGUUCAUUUAGGUUGCUCUCCAAAGCCGCCUACUUUAUUAACACAUGCAGCCAGCUACAGAAUAAUUCUGAAAGCCUUGCACUAUGACUGAUAAUUUAGUCACAUUCAUAUGAAUAAUGAUUCUGUUACACAUACAUGACUUGUCAAUUGAGAUUCCUUUCAACUUCGUAACACUGUUGAGGUAUAAUGGUCAAACGAAUUGCUAUAUUAUAUUGACUUUAUAUACAAGUGAAAUAAUUUAUGAUACAAUGUACUGUACAACUUUUCUCUUUUGAGUUAUAUAAUAGUGCCCGAUCAUAUCCAACCAGAAUUAUAUUAUAUUAAAUUAUAGAAUUUCAGAAUUAUAUUCAACUCUGUAAAUUUUAAAAAUUGACAAAAGCUAUAGUCAAUUAACAAACGGUAUAGUCAAUUAUGAACUCGGUGCUUAAAAUACUUCUUAUUUUUGCAGCCAACUUGUAUGGGUUUCACAGUUUGUGGUCUCUUCAAAGAAGGUAAGCGCCUAUAUUGAUAUUCGCUAAAUGGAUGCCAAACUUUCCAUGUGAAUAUAUAAACACCUUCCCAAUACAGAAAAUAAAUGUUUAUGAGGGCAGUGGUAAAAUGUUUUCAUGAAAUGAAAGAUGGGAUUUUCCUCUUUACGAGAAUUAUGUGCGUGUGUUUGAAUUUAAUUCCAUUGGUCGAGAUAUGAAAUUACGAUUACGAAACAUGAUUAAGAUUUUGACAGAUAGAAUUUAAUGAUAACCAUACCGUACAAUGGAACAUUGGCAAAGCUAGCCAUGGCAACUGGUCAUGCUAUGCUAGUAAACCUACAUCUAAAUAGGUUAAAGACAAUACAUUUGCAUUUGAAUAAUGCAAAUGUUAUUAAUUUACAUUUUAAAUGUGCACAGCAUGACCUAUUGCUAUGGCUAGCUUGCCUCUUAAACAAUCCCUGUGAUGAUGAAUUACUUUACAUCUGGAAUUACCGCCUGAAUGUAAGUGAUGACUACUAACUCUGAGGGAUUGGCAUACAGGCACACGAAUUCCGUUUCAUGCAAUUGGAGUUUACAUCAAUGUGCCACAACAUAUAUGUAUACCGCCACAAUCUGAGAUAUCUUGCUUAUUUAUAAGAAUUAUUAUAAAAAAACUUAAAAAAUGUCAACGUGUUCAUAAGCGCGGCAAAAAUGUCUCUCAACCAUUAUUUAAUAAAGUUUAUAUAAUUUGCAGCAGUCAAUGACAAUACAUGAAAAUACAUGAAUAGCACCUAACGAUAAUAUAAAUAUCAAAUUUCCGGGAAGCCAGUCCGCCAAACGUCAUAGUUGCCCCUUUGUGGACCCUUUUCAACUCGUAUACAAUGCAUGUUUCGCUUAUCAAAACACGAUUGGAUAUGUUCUUCAUGAAACGAGCCGUGAAGAUCUCUGUCAGACUGCCACAUGCACGUUACUGUCAAAGCUGCGUUCCGUUUGUAACAGUUCUUUUUUUUGUUUUCUCUAUAGGAAGUACAGAAGAAUUAAGAGCAUUCACCCGAGCUUUCAUUGCUGUUCCUUCCCAGGGAAAUUCGUAAGUGAACAUUCAUGCACUUUCAUCAUUAUAAGACGCUGUCCAUUUGGCGGUCGAGUCCGCCUUUUUCAUGCCCGUGGUUCUUCUGUAUAAUUUGUUUUAAACGAUAUUGUAGUAUUGUCUUAAAGAAGCUAUAACAGCUCUAAAUGUGUAAAGAAAAUUACUUGAGUGUAAGGAAAAGGGGAUGAAAACAGAAAUAGUACUUGCGUAAAACAAGUGCACCACAAAUAAAAAAUACCAAGGCUUAUGAUCCCAACAAACUAACAAACAGACUAACACACUAACAAACUGACAGACUCACAAACUAACAGACUCACAAACUAACGAACAAUAAACAAACUAACAAAUAAGUAGACUAACACACUAACAAACUGACAUACUCACAAACUAACAGACUCACAAACUAACACACUCACAAACUAACAGACUAUAACAGUCUAACACACUGACAAAGUAACACACUAACAGACUUGCGAACUAACAGACAAACUAACACAUUAACAAACUAACAGACUCACAAAUUAACACACUCACAAAUUAACAGACUCACAAAAUAACAGACUAACAAACUAACACACCAACAAACUAGCAGAUUAUAGAAAUUAACAGACUAUAGCUAACUAGCAGACUCACGCAGCGAAUAUAAAGCGAUGCCAAAUUUCCUCACAGUAAAGCUUUUCUUUUCCCGCAUUUAUUCUAUUCUAAUUUUCCCACCGUUUUCGUAGACUCUUGUAACUCCAGAAUUCCUAGUGUCUACAGCACGAACUUUGACGUUUGAUUGUGGAGCCCCGUGAACUAUGGAGAUGGCGUCGCUCCAUGGCUCCCUUACUUAUGCAGUCCAGAUCAAUGCGCCCACUCAAUAAUUCAACUUUAUCUUUGGUAGAAUUGCGAUUAUCAACGAUCAGCUUUCAAUACGAAGUCCAACCGCUGAUCAGCGAGAGGUAUGUUUGAAUACACGUGUAAAAACACUGAGCCUGCUGUUUAACAGGAUUGAACAAUGUUUUGCUGCCCACGUUGUUCACACUUGUCAAGAAUAUUGAACAAUAUUGUUGAGCCUGAAUCGAGUGCAACAAUAUUUUUCAAUAUUGUUGACAACUGUGAACAAUGUGGGCAGCAAAACAUUGUUCAAUCCUCAUGUUUCGCUCGCUCCUGUUUUCAUCAACUGUUGCAACAAUCUGAUCGUUUUUAGCCGUGUACGCGCGAUAAUUUUAUUCGUGUCUGAAUUUACCAAAGGAUGAUAAGCCCAAGACAACCCAAGCUAUUGUGUUUUUAUUCACAUACACCUAUUUAUAUAUUGAUCUGUUUUAGCUGAGUAUGCAUAACAUCACAAUGUUGAUUGGAUCUGCAUGGUUUUGUAUAUGUAUGAGCCUACGACUGUACGACUCGAAUUUCGUUAUAAUACUAGAAAUUUCUUUCAAAAUAUUGCAUGGCAUGAAUGAGUAUCACUUUUUCAAUUUUACAGAAAAACGUUGAACUUCUUACAAUGUGUAGACCUUAUAAGCAAUACAUAAAAAUUAAAAUUUUAGUAACAAACAUGAAAGUGAAAGUUUUAGUCAAAUUUUCACUUUGAUCUAUCAUGUGCAAAAUGGUCUCGCCUCCCGGCACCUCUCUUCAAAAUCCAGUCGUGAUUUUAACUUUUAAGUCGAGCUGCUAAGGUAUUUCAGUAUCAUUGCGUAGAAUUCGUGGUCCUAUCAGGAAAUAUUACAAAUAUAGCAAAAACUGUAUUUGAAGCAAAAAAUAAGUCCAACCCCAAUUUAUUGCUUGUUGGACCUAAAAUAUUUUUUAAUAUUGCAUGAAAAUCUUAUUGUAAUAUAUCAAAUUCAAACACAGGCCGUUUCUGGGUACCGUAAAAUUUCAUCGUGAUAGUUGUUCUAGGUUUUCUGCUAUUUUAAAUCAAACAGGGUAUAGUAUAUUAUAUACGUUUUCUUUCAUAGUUUGCAAGUAAAUCGGCGGGAUUUGGAAACACUGCUGCUUCACCAAGUUUAUUCCCAGUUUCAGCGACACCAGUAUCGUCACCUAACCCCAUGGCCACUCUCAGUCCACAAGCAACGCCCAGUCUACAAGUCAGUUCUUUAACUACCCCAAGUCCUCUUGCUGGACUUAAUGCACAGGUAUAAUAUGAAAAUAUACAAUGCAUUAGCCAUUCCGCCUUUAAUGAGGAGACUGAGACCGACUGAUACUGAGCUGGAAUCAAUUUCGAAAAUUAUCAUGGAUUGUUAUAUAGCUAGUGUGAAUCACAUGGCUUUAGAUAAAUGCAAUGUAUCCCGCCCGGGCAAUAAGUGAAAAAUUGUUGCCCGCCCCGACCGGCGACGUACAUAAAUAAACAAAAUGACGGCACAAAUUUAAACUAUUUAAACUACUGUUUUCGUGACUUUGUGUUAAAAUAAAGAAUGUAAAAGAGAAGAAAAAUACAUAAGAGGCAACAUGAUAUGCUGCUGAAACCAUUUAAGUAGGUUUUUUAAAUUUUAAACUCGUUUAGGCUAUAGAGUUUUUGUCAUGAAAUACAAAUAUUGUUGUAUGAAUGUUGUUCAAUGUUGAUAUUUGUUUCGUCGCUAUAUAACAAAACACUUAACGUCUUUUCUCUCGGGAAAUAGUUAGUUUUGUUUUCCCUCGAAUCUCAAUGUUUCCCUCGACUUCGUCUCGGGAAACAUUGAGAUUCUCGGGAAAACAAAACUAACUAUUUCCCUCGGGUGCAGACAUUAAGUGUAUAUUAUUUUGAUUUAGAGAUAACCAAGAAUGGCGAACAAAGUAAAAAUUAAACAUAGUCUAAUAAUGCGAAAAAUUUCUUGUUCAAACUACGAAAUUCAAUUUAAAUAUUACAUAGUUUAUAAUAUUUCAUUGCCUUUAUUUGAUAAUUUUUUGUAUUCUAUUAUUGCAUUUCUAUUGGAAUAGAAUAAAAUAUACACAAAUGAGAUUUAAAUUUUCAAAUUAUCGCCAAUUUGAGGACGUUGGGUGCACUGUCUCAGUGCCUCUAAAUCUGGGAUGCACUGAGCAUGCAAAAUGUACGAGUCGGCAAAUUCUUUAAUUUUAUACCAGAUAUUCAAUGUAAAUGAUUUAGCCACUACUGCUGCUGAUGUGCAAGUAAUCUGUUGUUUACCGUCAAGAAAGUGUUUGAUUAGGUUUGAUAGCACAUGUAUUAAAUGGAGCAACUUUUUACUUCCGCUUCUGAUCUCCAAUGUUCUUUGGUGUUCCGGUUUUGAUUAUCCCAUGCGGGCUUCUAACAGCGCCACAACCGCAAAAGCCCCGGGUACGAGGUUGGUAGCUUAGACCCAAUUCAAUGUUGGUAAAUGAAACUUUUAAGAUUUAAAUGCGAGAAACAACAUUGAAUAGGGGGCAGGGGGCGACAAAUUUCAUUAAAGAACGUCUCAAUGUUAAUAUUGGCGUUAGAAAAGUUAGGUGUCCACAUAAUUUUUGCCAGGAUUGUAGCUUCGCCACUGGUAAUUUUGUAAUGCCCUUUCCAGUGGCUGAGUACUGUACAUUGUAUAUAUCAAUUAUAAAUUCCCUUACAGCAGCAACAAAUGGUGACACAAUUCGCAACUCAAUCUGGAAUGAACUUCAAUUAUUCUUUCAAGUAAGUUUUGUUUACCUCUGAUCACUACUGUUCCUAAAUAAGUUGGGUGUUACCUCCUGCUGCGUUCACUGCUGCAAACCCCUAUUAAUGCAUGCCCCUUUAAGCGGACACCCACCGAAAGAGUCGAAAAUUCUCGUAUCUUGGAGUAACCUUUUCCAUUAGUAUGACCUGGACUGAACAUAUUAACUAACUUUGCUCAAAGAUCUUCGCUACUACACCUUAAAGUAUGUUUUACAGGGCCAUCUGACAAAAUGUCCGAUGACUUUAAGUUUGGAUCAGACAUAUGUGUGAUGAUGUACGAUAUGAUCUUCGGUUCAGUUUGGCUCGGAAAUAAAUCUGAAUGACAUGCACAAAUUAGGAUCAGCUAGUACAAUGUAUUCAUUCUGAACUAAAUGUUGUGAUUAAAUAAUUUGUGUCAUUCAAGCCAUGUAAAAUUAACUUGCUUGCCUAUUGUAGCAGUAAGACUUCGACAACUUACGCCCGACGCGUUUUCCACUUCAAUAUUUCGCUUGCCACACCGCGCUCGAUUAAAUUAAAAAAAACCAUUUCCGGUUCACAUUUUAUACAUUACCCUGAUUUUCGAUUUAACAUACGAGCCUCUAGUCCUGGACUAGGGUAUUACGUCGGUAUUAUUUCCGUCGCAAAAAGCUACAGUUCAGUCCGCCGCCAAUACACUUGGGCUGGACAAACAAUAAACCUUAGUUUCACUUAGGUCGGACAAAAUGUCAGAUGGUUUCCUAUUAGACAAUUUAACAAAUGGGUCGGCCUGUACCACCUUGGUAUUUAUUACGAAAAGAUUAAGCCGGUGGUGUUUGUUUUUGUUUUUCUUUUAGAGCGUUAUCUGAGAACAACUGGGAUUAUCAAAAAGCGGCAGAAGUUUUUAAAACACUUCACACACAAGGGAAAAUCCCACCUGAGGCGUUUGCGAAGUAGGAGCAUGCAACCAUAACGAGCAGUAGACGUAUAUUCUAAAGAAUCUGAGCAUGCUGUAGUAGUCUCGAUAUUCUUGUUCACGUUUAGUUUUAAGCUUAUUUAAUAACCUGAUACACAGACUACGUAUGUAAGGGUCAACCAUUUAAUAUUCACCCCUUACGAGUUUUUCCAACGAGUAGCUGUGAUGUGACAAUAGAGGUAUUUUUCAGUAGGGUGAGCAAGAAAUCUUGUAACAUCUCACAUCUUGUAACAAGUCUGCCAACAAGCCGUCAACCAGUCCCAAUUUGUCAACAAAUUUGGAACAAGUUGUUAACAACUUGUAACAGCCUUGUUGAUAUUAUCUCGGACUUGUAGCCAGAUUGUUCCAACAAAUCCGAUACAGUCAUGAUAUAACAAUAUUGUUACAACCUUGCAUCAUCAACCUUGUAACAUUCUUGUUAUAUCAUGACUGUAUCAGACUUGUUAGAACAACUUUGCUACAAGUCAGGAUGUCUUACAAUGCCAUCAAGCUUGUUGCAACAACCAGGAACAAGCAGUACGAACGUCAAGUUGUCCACAGCUUGUGAACAGACUUGUGACAACCUAUUUGUAGACCAGCACGUUUACAAAGCGACGAACUGCUCAUCUACUCGUUAAUGUAAUUAGUACAUGUAUAAUAUAUAAGUUAGGUGGAUUUACAAAGCUAAUUCAAAAUAGGUUGUCCUUUGCAAAUCCUUAAACUCUAAGCGUGCAAAACGUAAUGAAAGCAUAAUUUAAUCAGUUUCGAAAUCAUACACGGGGUCCAUUUCUUAAAGACAUGGUAAAUAUCUCCUUACGAGUACAAUUCAUUCAUAAAUAGCUGCAAUAUUCAACUACUAACUUGAACAAACUUGUGCUCCCAUUAAGCUUUGCGCGCCUAGAGUUUUAGGUUUAGAGUUUCAGGUUUGCAAAGGACAUCCUUUUUUUUAAUUGGCUGUAUACGUAUAGGUUGCAAACAACACUGCUUGUGCAGGGUAAUUUAGAUAAAAUAGAUCAUGAUUGUGAACAGCUAGCAAACAACUGUGCUAAAUUGUUAUCGUUUCUUUUGUUAAGUAGCGUUUAGUGACGUAAACAUAAGCCAGGAUCAAAGGAGAAUGAAAAUGCAUUUGAGGUUGCAAUCACACGACUUUGGUUAGCUGUUUGUAAUGUUUUCCCAACAAUAUCAUGCAUGUAGUUAAAAUGGAAACGAGAGCAAAUUAAUUUUGAAGACCGAACUGAAAUUACUCAAGAAUAUGAUUUAGAACUUAUUUUGUUUUAUUAGGUAGGAUUUAAGUAAAAACAGGUUAUCGGCAAAAGCAUUUUAGCUCAAUGAACUUUUCAGAAUUUUACUAAGCGUUAAGUCAAAGCUCACAAAAUGGGAAAAAAUGUGUACCAUACGAAUAGAUGGCUCGUCCAAAAAUGUGGCCGACGAAAUAUAUUUCGCAUGAAUUUUUGUUUAAAUAUAUGCAAUUUUUUAAAAUUUUUUGACAAUUUCUCAUUAAAAUAGUAUUCUCACUCUUUGAACAUAAACACGCGGGUGUUGACCUCCAGACAUGCGUGCGGGGUCAGAUUUAGACUUGCUCCAAGUCUCUCUUUCAUUGUCAUAUCGAUCCACUAUAGUGUACUUUACAUGACGUAGCACGGAGAGGCGGAGCGAGAAAGAGAGACUUGUCAACUUCGGAAAAUCUCGGUUAUCAAAAUUAGAAAAACUGCAAAGUUUGGUUGCGAAAUGUUGUAAAAUACGGAAAAUAUAGCCCUGCGAAGUUGGCAAAUUUGUAUACAUUUCUAUUACGUGCGGAAAUUGGUAACUAAUUUAGUUACCAAUUCACGCACGUAAUACAAAAGUAUACAAAUUUGCCAACUUUGAAGGCCUAUAUUUUCCAUAUUUUACAACAUUUCGCAACCAAACUUUGUAAUAUUACUAUUUCCAAGACGCUCUUUCCAGCUGUGGUGAUAGAUUUCGUUGUUCUUACUUAGAGUAAAAUUUAGUCUAAAGCGCAAGUCGUUUAUUUAACAUGGCCGCCAUUUUAUUGUCUUUCAAUUCUCAAGAGAUUGGUUGCAACUUGAGAAUAUCUGGAUGAAUGACGUAAAAAAUGUAUGUUGCAUGUUUACAUUUAAAUACCUGCAAACCUGCUCAUAGAGUUGAAAAACUCACUCGAGUGUAGCCAUGCGUAUAGCGACUUUGUUACUUUAAUGCUACUUUUUCAUAGUUCGUUGUUCGUCGAUUUGAGUUCAUUUAAAUUAGGCUACCUUUUAUUCUUUACAAGUAAUGAAAGUCUUGAUAUGAAAGAUAUAUUUUGAAAGGGAUUUUUACCCGUUUAAGGUAAGAAAUAAGUUAAGUUCUAUUUGACAAAAUAAUCAUUUAUAUUUACGACAUUUGACGUCUUGGUCGAUAGUUUAUAAACAAUUUGCGUCCAUUAUUUUAAACAAAAACAUUAGACCUGUUUUUAUGUGUCUGAUGUAGGAAAAUUCGCUCAAAACGAAUCUAAUUGGUAGAAUUCUUUCGAUCGUAUAAAAUUAUAAACUGCAUAGAAUUUCAAUAAAUUGACAUGUAGCACAUGCAACACAUUGACUAUGCCUAUAUGAUAACGGAAAUAUUUUAAUCUGCCUGGCUGGGAUGCUUGUGAUGUAGCAAAUAGAAAAAUUGAAGUACAUUAUCGGGCAACGAUUGAAGAAGGCCAUUCCCAAGUUCUGUCAAUUGGCAUUCGAAUAAAACACCAAAACAAGUCUUCGGCAAAACACCAAGGAAGUUUUCACUCCGGAUUUUCUUUCUAUUUGAAAAGACAAAUAUUUAACAAUCAUUCGCCGAAGUGGAGUGUGAUCCUAGCAAUACUCACCGACACAAGGGUGGAUAAUCUUUUAGCAUAUAUGAUAUACCAUAAGGCAUAAAACAAAAGCGAGCAAAUAACAAUGAAAAUAUUUUUAAAACAAUCUAUAUAUAAAAUUUUACAGCUCCCAUAAUCCAUAUUAAUUGUAAACAAAACAGAUUUUAGUAAUGAUAUUCAUUAGAAAUAGUGUUAAAGAAUACCUCUACACAUGUUAAACAAAACUUCGUGGCUUUGUUUGACGAAACCACAGCUUUGUUUAGUACAAACAUUUGUUUGCCUGUAACCAGGACGAAACGGGAAGCCAUUUUGUUUUGUCCGGAGGUGACUGGUGCAAGGAUACGGAGGUGAGCGACCGAUCAUGCAAAUUGCACGAAAUGCUAAUAUGGAUUAUUUUGGAAACACCUGAAAAGUUUGUUCAACAAUUGUCUGUCCUGUCGUGGUCUUGUCGGCAAAGUGACGUACAUGUUCGGUCUUCGUGGCAGCCUUAUUGAAAGAAUUAAGCUCCGUCCAUGACAAGGUUACCUUCUCGUGUGUACGGUCAACAAGUUUUCCUUGACAAGUUUUAUUGCUCGUGUUCACGGAGUGUUGUGAAACCGCGAUUUAUCUGAUUAAAAGGCCAUUUUUUGUUUGUCAAAAUCGUAAAACUAAAAGUAUUUCUUGUACACUUGUUUUCCUUAACGGCCGUACGAACAACAAAUAUUCCUUUUACGGAAGCUGGCAUGACAAGCUAAUUUGUAACAAGGCUUCUUAAUUGGCAAGGAAAAGUUCGGUCGUCUAGAAAAACUUGUCAAGGAAGACUUGUUCGUCUGUAUAGGGAACUACGGUGCUCUAUCUUUAAGUUAAUUGAGAUGCAAGCCCCGUGCGUAUAUUUUGCCGUCAUAUCAUGGCUCUUUUGAGUUUUAAUGUUUAUACAUAAUAUACUUGUCCAUCAGUAAAUAUAAUUGUGACAAAUUUGUUUGGUAGCAGGUAUAUAUGAAAAUCCCCACAAACAAAACUACAACACAAUUAUACAAAUUAGUUGCUGUUUUACGAACUAUCCGUUCUCAUCUUAUGAUCGAUUUUCAUCUUUGCUUUGUAUAGAAUGCGAUUAUUUUGUAUCGCUUUUAAUAUAUCUGUUGUCAGCAUUAUCGCAGUUCUGCCGAGCUCGAGAGGUAAGUUCUCAAUCUUGAUUGAUCUAUAAUUUAGUUAAGAUUUUUUUAGGAUGAAUAUACCUGCACAAUUGGAAUGCCCAAUGUAUGUGAAGCCAUUGCCCAUGCAUUGGAUUGAGUUAAUGCAUAUAGUUUGAAGUGAAACCAUCCUAUAGCUUGGAUCAUAUCUAAUUCUUCGGCAGAAUUAUAUGUAUAGGCUAUAAUUAUACGGGAGUUUUCCAUGUCCCCAAAUGCGAGCCCUUGCACAAUUAGGGGAAACGCCUUCUUAGUCUAAAUUCUUGCGUAAAUGAAAACAAUUAUUGUCAUUUCCAAAUCACCACUCACUCAAUAUUGAAGAUGUAAAACCAGUGUCAAUGGUCAUAUGUCAAUACAAUACAAUGUGUAAAUCAAUCAGAGUCAUUAUCUUGAUCAUUUUUUGAUUUAUCAGGAGGCAAAUGAUGUCUCCAAAGAAAGUACAUGUGCAGACAACAUGAUACUUUAGAUUGCAAAAAAAUGCACAAGCAGUUACCAAACUCACAGAAGUGAUAAAGGUGUGACAAAUGAUGUGUGACAAAUAAUGGACUGAAAUUCUUAACGAAGUUGACAAAUAAGGGUGAAAUUCACCUCUGGCUACAUUCCAUCCAAAUUGUUGUGGUGGUCGCCACUCGGUGCACUCUGACCAUAGAUAUCUUAUAUACACUAGAUAGUGCAUCUAAUUAUUCUGCAAUUCAAAAAUUGAAGCCGUGAUUGCAGUCUCAGGUCGUUCCCAUGAAAUGAAAUGAAAAGAUUCGUAUGUUUUCUAUUUCUUAAACACGGAGCUUAAACAUUAAGUUAACCAUAUUCCAAAUACGUUUUUAAAAUAUUCAAAUGUUGAAAGUUAUUGUUUUUAAGCGUUUAUUAGCAAGUGGGAACGACCAACAUGGCCGCCAUCUAUUCAAAUGGGGGUAACCGCUGGAAUAUUCUUGGCUUCAAUUUUACUAAAAGAGAUGCGCUAUCUAGUGUAUAUAAGAUAUCUAUGACUCGGACACGUGCGAAACUCUCGUCUAUCCCCUGGCCAUGACUGCAGAAAUCUAAUUUCUCUGAUGUCUUUGAACGUCCACAGGUGAAGAUGACUUAGAAAACGUUGAUGAUGUUCCACCAUGGGGAUAUGGCAAAACAAAUGAUCAAGGUAUGCAUUCUAAAAUACAUGUUUUUAUCUUCCUUCUGUGUCUUCAAUGCAAUGCUUAUAUUCUCGCAUCAUUAACCUACACUGAAAUCUCUAUAAUUGUGAUUACAUGAAGUACAUGUUACGCAGUACAUGUCCUCCUUUUCGGGAGGACUAUAUGCAAAAAAAAUUUCGAUGUUUUCAAAGUAGUUUCAUUUUCUUUGCUCCACUUAAACAUCGAGAUUUUGCAUCCGGGGAACGAGCCGAGAUUUUGGCCAAUCAGAUAGUGUAAAUUGAGCCUGCUGUUUAAAGCUACGUUUGCGCGCUACGAUUUGUCGUGUACGAUUGUAUUCUGGCGUAUUAAAAUGAGUGCUGGCCCCAUAAUUCAUUACCGUUUCGUUAAGAAGAAAUUUCAAAUGUAGCCAGCUCACGCGUGCCUAUACUCAAUGACAUACGCCAGAAAACGAAUCGUACACGAUUAAUCGCAACGUGCAAACGUAGUUUAACAGGAUUGAACAAUGUUUUGCUGCCCAAGUUGUUCACACUUGUCAACAAUAUCGAACAAUAUUGUUGAGUCUGAAUCGGGUGUAACAAUAUUGUUCAGUAUUGUUGGGCAGAUUAUAUUCAAUCCAUUAUAUUCAAUCCUGUUUUCAUCAAGUAUUGCAGCAACCUGAUUGAUUUUCGCCGUGUAGGCGUGUACAGUAGGAAGCUUUGUCGCUCGAUUAGUAUAAACGACCUCAAAUAAUUGGUAAUAAUAUUUUUCAGUGUACGGUGUUGAUGCUUGGAAAAACAUUUCGAAGAUGUGUUCUGGAUUGCGUCAAUCUCCAAUCAACAUCAAACACGGUCGAGCACGAAAAAAACGUAACCGCUCCAAAAUUUCAGUGCAAUUCACGCUUGAGAAUGGUCAGGUUUAUGGCGAUUUAAAAAAUAACGGCCAUUCACCAGUGUUUACAGUGAACGCUUCUCGUGCUUCAGCACAGCUCACGAAUGUUCCCAAUCAUCGCAAGGACAUAUAUAUCCUCAAGAAGAUAUACUUUAGAUUUGGUUGUACUGAGCGGGCUGGAUCUGAGCACCAGUUUGAUGGCGUGCCUACGCCCGGAGAGGUAUGUUGUAAUACUAAUACCGUAAAUCUUCUAUGAGCCAUCAUACAACCUUUUUUGUUGAGAUAGCUAUCGAAUUGUAGAGUUACAUAGAAUUACUUCCAUCGGUUUAUUAUCAUAAUCGAUUAAUGAUCAUCAUCAACAAUGAUUAAUAAAGUCGGUUGAUCGUAAUGAAUAAAUCUAGACUUCAUUGUCUAGUCAAUUCAUGCUGCUCAGCUAAGUUCGCAACAUCCGCAGACGUUGAGAUUUGUUCCUUGCGAGGUUAAAAAUAUAAAACACGAUAGAUAUUUUCCUCAAGGCUUUGAGAGAAAGACGCUGAGCUUCACAACUUUUGAAUUUGUCUUUUAGAUCCAUCUUGUAUUCUACAAGGAUCAAUAUCGAACGUUAGACCGAGCAAUGAGCAAGACAGAUGGUCUUGUUAUACUCGCUGUGCUCUUAGGGGUAAGAAACAUAUCCUGAACCUCUAACAAGCUCUCUUGUUAAAUUAAGCUGGCGUUCGUUCUUACAAACAUGGCGUCUUCAAAAUCUUUUUUUGUUCUAAUUAAAGAUGCCGUAAAGUCUAUUCUUGGCAGGCCUACAUUCCAAUGGUCGGGACCCAACCAUUGGAAUGUUAUUAAUAUUUCGCACCUUCCGAACUGAGUUUCUUGAAUUGAAUCUCUAGUCUGUAUUCAUUUACAAGCACAGCGAACCAGAAGAGUGUUAAAAAUUCAGUAUACUACCGUAUAUAUCUAAUCAUAUUUUACAACUGUAGCACUGAGUUCAAAAUGUAAACAAUUAAAGCGUUUGGACUUUACAGCAUAUUUAAACAAACUGCUCCUUGCAUGUUUUGCUACAGUAUUUUCCAACUAUGCCGUUCCUUACUAUUAUGCAUAAUAGGUAAAAUCGGCAAAAAAAUCCUAUCCCGAGCAGGUGGUUAUAAAGCCUUCGUAUGGAAAAUUUUAUUCACUCGACUGAGAGACCGCCUAUAGCGCAAGGUGCAUGAGACCUCAUCUGGCCAGAAUGCCUCGUUCGUCACAUGAAUAACACAAAUUGAAUUUUAUAUAAGCGUCAGCACAAGACGUGCACAUCUCACUUAGGUCAGCUACCCGGUUAGCUGUGCAGAUGAAAAGGGUCCAGAAGUGCGAUUUAUACAAAUGUGGAUGUUGUUUUUGUUCCAAGGGUGAUCUUAAUUACAACAGAGGUCUCACAGAUAUCACUACACACUUGAGCCAAAUAAAAGAAUCAGGUAUAUAUGGUGCCCUUUUUCAUGUUCAUUUUGCGUAAUCAUUUCAUUACAGUCGUGCCAACAGAAGCGUUCCGAAAAAUGUUGACCGAUUCAUUUCCUAACUUGAAAGAACACCUCUGAACAAUUCCUCAACAAUUUGAUAAGUUCCUUAAAAAGUUCCUAACUUCCUGCUUCAUUGACCAAUCAGAUUGCUCAAAAAUAAAAUAUAAAAUUUGAUUGGUCAAUGAAACAGGAAGUUAGGAACUUUUUAAGGAACUUAUCAAAUUGUUGAGGAAUUGUUCAGAGGUGUUCCUUCAAGUUAGGAAAUGAAUUGGUCAACAUCUUUCGGAACGCUUCUGUUGGCACAACUGUAAGGGAAAUAGCAACAAAAAUUCUCUUUUUGUUUCAUUUGAAGAAGACCUUUAAGCGUGUAGCCCGUUAUCUUAUUUUUAUAUUUGACCUAAUUAAAGGCUGCUUUCUAGGAAAAGUAUAAAAUCUUUCUAAAUUUUAUAUACAGUAUAGGUACUAAUUACUUCAACAAAUAGACUCGAAAUCAUACACUAAGCUAAAUUCUGUCUUUUAAAUGGAUUUAAACUUUCAGGGAGCAAAGCUAAGAUGGAGCUAUUGGACGUCGGGUCCAAUACCUUUUCUAUUGUUUUUGUAAAUGCGGUCUGCAAGAAGUAUGCCGAAAUUUCGUAUUUUGACUUCCAUUAGAAUGAUAUCAUUAGACUAUCGUUUUAUGAACUGAUAAUUUGGUUAGCGAUAUGGUCCUUUAGAAAAACCUGGAAAAAUGGUAUUAAAACUGUUUACGACUUUCAUAGCCAGUGGAAGUCAAUUUCACCUUCUAGGCUUCACUUUCCUUAUAGGCCGAACAGUGAACUCUAGCUAGGUAAACUGGAACGUUAACUCCAGUGAUCAAGUGCUAUGAUUGGUUGAAGCCAAAUUUGUAGCCAAGCGCAGGAGCCGCGCGGGAUAAAUUUACUUUUAAAAGGACCGGGGAGAGUUUCGAGGAGCGGGAAAUUCAAUCAAAAGUUUGUUUUGGGCAAAAAAUAGCAAGAAAAAGUACAUUUUUAUCAAAAAGCUUCAAUUUUAAAGAUUCAAACCGGUUUCCCGGAUAGUUGUAAGUAUUUUACAUUCCCUAACAGCAAAAACUUUCUUGGUAACAGUUUCCUAUUCAAAAUAUUAUAUUAAGUGCCGAAAAGAACUUCGCACUUUGACUCCUGAGAAAAUAACUAUAAAACUACUCUUCGUUCCUGAAACAUGUUUUGUAUUAAAUUUCAAGUAUUGCUGAUAACUUUUAGCAUUCAUUUUUCCUUGUUGAAAUACAGCUAUUUAGUGUGCGAAAACCGAUGGCUUUUUUGCGGCGUAUUUUUCACUCCAUACCUACAUGACGACCUUCAAUUUAACUUCAAAGAUGGCGGUCAAGUUAUCGUUCCAGUCCUUUUAGAGUUCACUAAGAUCGAAUGACUGAAAUUAACUUAACGGCGGUUUUGAUGACAUCGUGGUUAGGACUGAAAUAACUAGAGCGCAUGGUUAGUAGACCACGACAGAAGAAUGCCAGGGAAUUUCUAACUGAGGUAUUUUUGCAAAUAUUGUUUUUUAAGGUGAUGAAGUAUCUUUAAAGAAGGGAGUACGACUAUCAUAUUUAGUCCCAGAACUGGCAGAAAAUAAACUGAAAUAUUACACAUAUAAAGGAUCAAUCACAACUCCACCUUGUUAUGAAAGCGUGAGAUGGUUUGUCAUGAAGAGUCCUAUUGCUAUCACCAAACAACAGGUACGUGGUAUAGCAGUGCCUUUUCAAGGCAUUUUCAGAAUUCCUUAAAAUGGAGGGGAGCAAUUAUACCCACCCAAUUAUUUAUUUAAAUAAAGCUAUAUGCUUGGUAGUUUUUGAGAUGGCAAAAGAUAUUUAUAGGAUUUUGGACAUCUCAUGCACUCGUUACAACUAGAUGUUAAUGAUUCUGUGUUUGACUGAAUACUUAGGCCAUAGACUUGGUAAAAAAAUAUUUUAAUAACUACGUUUCAGAGUGUAACUCCAUUUUCAGGUUAAAAGUGACUAUAAAGACAUAAAAUAACAGUUACAAAUUUGUAACGAUUUUGAAGUUUUUAUAUCUUUAGUCACUUUUAAAUUAACCUGAAAAUGGAGUUAAACUCCAAAAUGUAGUUAUUAAAAAAAUUUUACUAAACCUAUGGCCUAAUUAUUCUAACACAGAAUUAUCAAAACGCGGCUUAGUGAACGUUCCGUCAUACAAGAUUUAAAUGUUAAUGCGUUUUGUAAGUGCAAAUUUCGACUGUAAUUUUUACACAUUUUUUAGACCUAACCAGGGGCAGUUGGGGAAAAAAUACUAUAGGCCGUCUGAUAGGAAUCGAACUUGGCCCUGUAAUUUAGAAAUCGGGCUGCAUGUUGUCGCAUUAAGGCCAUUUUCCAUUAAUGUCACUUUGCAUGCCAACGCUGGCUGAGCUGUAGCUGAUCAGCUGUAACUGUCCAGCUUGGCAGUUUUUAGUCCACGUUGGCCUUUGUGUACACGCCCAUGAAAGUUCAGCAUGGCUUCUUCAUUUUUAUGAUGUAUAUCAUGAUGCAGUCGUAUCGAAAUUAUGUGUGUCAUCAUUCAGGUACACUUUCAUGUAUAUGAUAUACAGGAUGUCUAAAAAACGCUAUGGAAAUUCAACAGGCUGUUGUGCAUCAUAAACUUAGCUAAACAAUUCAAUUUUUACAUAGGACGAAAGAGCUGUUAUUUAGCUUUUCUAUGAUACCUUUUUUAAAUCGUAACGAUGAGAAAUGGCCACAUACUCGUCAAAUAAAUAUUACCGGUCGAAAUCACAUUCUUCCACCGUUGGGAGUUGAAAAUACAUUAAUUUAUAUGCAAAGUUAGUCAAUCCAAAAGCAACGCGAGCCUGCUGCAAGCUAGUUGUUUCGUAAAACGUUUUGAUUACGAAUGUUCUCUUUUCAGGGGUUAAUUGUACCAUGUUUAAUGACGUUGUUAUUGAGUUAUUGUCUCACUAAGACGAAGAUCGACGAGUUGAGUUCAAUUUAACAUUCAAUUUUCAUUCCCUUUUGGGAAUUGUCUAUAUGUUUCGUUUUCCAUGCAAUUCCCAACGGUGGAAGAAUGUGAUUUCGACCAGCAAUAUUUAUUUGACGAGUAUGUGGCCAUUUCUCAUCGUUACGAUUUAAAAAGAGUAUCAUUGAAAAGCUAAAUAACUGUUCUUUCGUCCUAUGUAAACUUGAAUUGUUUAGCCGGCAUGUUUAUGAUGCACGGCAGCCUGUUGAAUUUCCAUAGCGUUUUUUUAGACACCCUGUAUAUCAUCAUACUGACACAUUGAUAACCUGACUCUAACUCCUCCUAACCACAGGCACCUAACCCUUCUCCCUGAGGGGGGGGGGGAAUGAAAAACUCCCCACCCCUGCACGUCUGCCUCCCUUUUAAAUAUAUAUGCAACUUUAAAAUGAGCACAAAUAUGACGAUGUACAUCAUAGAUUUAAGUAUGCCCGUAUGAUGAUAUACAUCAUAAAAAUGAAGAGACCAUGUUGGAAAAUUGAACUUUACAUCGCGCUUGUGAUGCUCCAAGGCACUGUGCUGUAGUACCAUGUCUGGUUUUCAGCUUUUCUCAUAUUUUAUUUUUAGCUUCAAGAGUUCCGUCUGCUGGAAGGUUCGAAUGGAAGGAUGUGUGACAAUUUCCGCCAAGUUCAAAAACUUCAUCGACGCUUCUUGUCUCUUUAUGUAUAAGUAAAAAGUUGCAUGGCUCAACUAAAAUCAAUAGUUUUAUACAUUUUAAGACACAGUGCAUGGCAUAUGAAACCAGCAGCAAGCAAGUUUUAAAUUGGGAGUCAUGUAUUUUUAAAAACCGCUUUGAAAAUGGCUUGCGCACAACAAUGGAAGGCUUAAAACGCAAUUUGCAUUCGCAGGAUGCAAAUUAAUGACUAACCAAAGUGCCAGAUAAUUUGAUGUACAUUAAGUCCAACGCGCAACUUUUAAAACGUGCACCUUCUUGUCCCCUUCACGUACAAUUGUUAAACUUUUUGUAAAGAGUAUGUAAGAAAUCAAUCAAUCAUGCGUAAAAUCAAUCAUGCGUGAGACAAAUUUGAUCAAAUAAGAUACUUGCGUUCUUCUUGAGAUAUUUAACAAUUUUCGAUAAGGGACCGGUCAUUAUUUAUGGAAGGGGGGGAGGGAAAAAAUAAGGGGGGGCCAUAUGUAGAAAUAAAUGACUAGAAGGGGGGGCUAUUAAUUUUUU